GGCGGCAGGCGGCGCUGCGAGCUGCGCAGGCGGCCUCCCGGCGGCCUUUUCCCUCCCUGUGGCGCCGAAAUCAAACCCGGCCGCUCCUCCCGCGCCGGAGCCGACAUGUCCAAGAAAAAAGGUUUGAGCUUUGAGGAGAAGAGAGUUCGCAUGAUGGAGAUCUUCUUUGAAACAAAAGAUGUGUUCCAGUUGAAGGAUAUAGAGAAGAUUGCUCCGAAAGAAAAAGGGAUUACAUCAAUGUCAGUGAAAGAGAUUCUGCAAAGUUUAGUUGACGAUGGCAUGGUGGACACUGAUAGAAUUGGAACUUCCAAUUAUUUCUGGGCUUUUCCAAGUAAAGCUCUUCAUGCCAGGAAGCGUAAAUUGGAAGAAUUGGAGUCUCAGUUUGCUGAAAGCAGUCAGAAAAAAGAGGCUUUACAAAAAAGCAUUGAGAAAGCAAAAAUUGGACGUGAAGAUACUGCAGAACGUGCAGCUCUAAUGGAGGAACUUGCUGCCCUUCGGCAGAAAAAAGAGCAGUUAAAGGCAGAAAUAGACAAAUACAGAGAAUGUGAUCCAGACGUCAUUGAAGAAAUGCGACAAACAAACAAAGUAGCCAAGGAGGCAGCCAAUAGAUGGACUGAUAACAUCUUUUCAAUAAAGUCCUGGGCCAAACGUAAAUUUGGAUUUGAAGAAAGCAGAAUUGACAAAAGCUUUGGAAUCCCAGAAGAUUUUGAUUACAUUGAUUAGGGUUCAGCAGUUCAUGGCUGACAGAGUUGUACAUAGUUUGUUAAAUAUUCUCAGUUGGCAUUAAAAGUGUAUCUGAAUCCUCUCUGAACGACUG